UUUCACUGGAGGUGCAAUCAGUGAGGAAAGUGAAGGCGUGGAUAUACUUCACACGCUUGUAAUCCUGCAACUGAUGCUGGGACUCAGGAAUCUCAUCUGGAGACGCAACUUCGUCUUGGAUACCGUAAGCUGUGAAUCUGAUGUGUUUUAUCGAAAUUUGAGGGAGAGAAAAAGAGAUGUAUCACCGUGUUGUCCGGAGGACACGUAACGAAAUAUGUCCGAGAAACGUGUCGAUUUCUCUCUCACAUUAAUUACUCUUUGUCGGGGUUGUUUUAUUUAUCAUUAGAACAAAAUGCUUUGCCUAACACGUUAAACCUAUCACGGCAAUUGUAUUGAUGCAACGUAAAAUGUAAAGUGUGUGUCACACAAAGAAUGCGAUUGCAGAUAAUUGACUGAUUAAACAAUGUAAUCGCACACGUGUUUAUUUAUGCAAUUAAUAUAUUGUAAUGUGUAAUUAAUACAUUUAUAAUUAUGUUAUUAUCUUGAUGCAUUUAUAAAAUAUAAUUUUCUUUAUCGUAACAAGAUAUUUUGUUCGUUUAAUUUUGAUAGCUUAAUUAACAUGAUUCACUGUGUUAAUUUAUGCAUUACGACUAAUUAACAAUUCAUACAUCUUUUUUGACGAGUGGUAAUGGUUAAUGAAGAUACGGUGUGUGCGUGAUCAUAAUUGGGCUUUGGUGGUUAUACAUUCUAUAAAUAAGCUUCGUAAAUGUAUAUUUACAGCUUGUUUAAAAACUGCUGCUGGUGUUGGACUAAAUUUUCUGAAUAGUCGACGAUGGCGCAGCUCAAGGUGGCUAUCAUCGGGCAGAGCCCGUUCGCGGCGGAAGUCUACAAACUUUUGCGACAGAAUGGACACCAAGUGACCGGAGUAUUUACGAUCCCGGAUAAGGGAAACCGCGAGGAUCCGCUAGCAACCACUGCUAAGGCCGACAACACGCCGGUCUUCAAGAUCAAGGCUUGGAGGAGCAAGGGAGUGGCCUUACCAGAAAUCCUAGAACUGUACAAAGGCAUCGAGGUGGAUCUCAACGUCCUCCCCUUCUGCAGCCAGUACAUUCCCAUGGAAGUCAUUAAUCAUCCUCCUCACCGUAGCAUAUGUUAUCAUCCAUCUUUAUUGCCCAGGCACAGAGGAGCGAGCGCUAUAAGCUGGACCUUGAUUCAAGGAGACAGUACUGCAGGAUUUUCGAUUUUCUGGGCAGACGACGGCUUAGACACCGGUCCAAUUCUCCUCCAGAAAUCCUGCAAAGUGGAACCAAACGAUACAGUAGAUAGCUUGUACAACAAUUUCCUCUAUCCAGAGGGUAUCAAGGCCAUGGGUGAGGCAGUGAAUCUCGUCGCCAAAGGGACCGCGCCCAUGGUGCCGCAACCAGCGGAGGGCGCGACUUACGACCCCUUGCUAAAUAAGAAAGAAUUUCAAAAGAUCGAUUGGACUAAACCGGCGAAAGAGAUUCACGAUUUUAUUCGCGGUCUAGACAGUACACCGGGAGCUUGGACGAUGCUGGACGGCGAAGAAGUACGUUUUUUCGGAUCAUCCUUGUGGAGCGAUAAGCAACCGGAAGUUGAGAAGACGGUCGAUCUCGAAGAGCGAAAGGGACUUGUUCAUCAGGGCGGUUUGCUGAUAGAGGCUGUCGACGGACGAUUCGUUAACGUGGAGAGAAUCAAAAUUGGAACCAAAACCAUUCACGCCAGUAAAUAUGGACAGACUAGCGACAGCGAAGUUGUGGAGUUUACGGAAGAAGAGCUGAAGACUACUGACGGUCUGCGCCGGAUCUGGGAGGACAUACUCAGAAUCGACGUCGACGACGACACGGAUUUCUUUGCUUCCGGUGGAGGCAGCAUGGACGUAGUGAGACUAGUCGAAGAAGUCAAGGAUAACUUCGGUGUUAGUCUGCAGAAUAUUGACGUCUUCAUGGCACCGGUCUUCAAAGAAUUCGCUACAACGGUUGUUCUUACUGCUCGAGGAAACCUAGCCGCGAAGGAGAUCAAGUACGAUGCGGUGGAGGUGCAGGCGAACAAUAUGACCCUUAGAUUCCCUAAGCAGCUCUUUAUCGACGGUCAAUUCGUUAACGGCCACGGCAAGCCGGUUGACACGAUAAAUCCUCACGACGAAAGCGUGAUCUGCUCGGUGGAAAGCGGAAAUGCCGAAGAUGUUGAUCGAGCUGUCAGGGCCGCCAAAAAAGCAUUCGAGGAAGGUGAAUGGGGCAAAAUCAGCGCCAGGGAACGUGGAGCGUUAUUGUUCAGAUUGGCGGAUCUGAUGGAAGAGCACAAGGAAGAACUGGCCACUCUGGAGAGUAUAGACUCCGGUGCGGUCUACACCCUCGCUUUAAAAACUCACGUUGGCAUGUCCAUAGAAACCUGGCGCUAUUUCGCCGGCUGGUGUGACAAAAUUCAGGGCUCGACCAUACCUAUUUCGCACGCACGCCCCAAUCGGAAUCUCACGUUCACGCGGCGUGAACCGAUCGGCGUUUGUGGUUUAGUAACACCCUGGAACUAUCCGCUGAUGAUGUUGUCGUGGAAAAUGGCGGCCUGCUUAGCGGCCGGCAAUACCGUAGUGAUGAAGCCGGCUCAGGCAUCGCCCCUGACAGCUCUAAAAUUCGCCGAGCUGUCCGCACGCGCUGGAAUUCCACCCGGUGUUAUCAACAUCGUCUGUGGAUUUGGUAGCGCUGUCGGAAACGCCAUUGUGGGACAUCCGUUAAUCAGAAAAUUGGGCUUCACCGGCUCCACGCAGGUCGGUCAGACUAUCAUGAGAUGUUGCGCCGAUAGUAACCUGAAGAAAGUAUCGUUGGAGCUCGGCGGUAAGAGUCCUCUCGUUAUCUUCGAGGAUGCUGACAUUCAACAAGCGGUCAGAAUCGGUAUGAGCGGCGUGUUCUUCAAUAAGGGCGAAAACUGCAUCGCUGCCGGACGGCUCUUCAUCGAGGAGACUAUUCACGACGAGUUUGUGAGACGUAUAGUCGAUGAAGUGAAGAAGAUCACUAUCGGCAAUCCAUUGGACAGAAGCACAGCUCACGGACCACAGAACCACAAAGCUCAUCUAGACAAACUUCUCGAGUUCGUCAAGAAAGGAGUCGAAGAGGGAGCCAAGUUGGUCUACGGAGGCAAAAGAUUAGAUCGUUCUGGUUGGUACUUUGAACCGACUGUGUUCACAGAUGUCAAAGACAAUAUGUACAUUGCAAGGGAAGAGUCUUUCGGUCCGAUUAUGGUGAUCUCCAAGUUCAGUUCGAAAAAUGUCGAUCAGAUGAUCACGCGGGCUAACGACACCGAAUUCGGUCUGGCAUCGGGAGUCCUCACCAAAGACAUCAGCAGGGCGCUAAGAUUCGCGGAGAAAAUUGAGGCCGGUACUGUGUUUAUCAAUACGUACAACAAGACGGACGUAGCGGCGCCGUUUGGUGGCUUCAAAAUGUCCGGAUUCGGCAAGGACUUAGGACAGGAAGCUCUUAACGAGUACCUCAAGACGAAAACGGUCACAAUUGAGUACUAACGUCAUUAUUCGAGAACAUUGUAAUAUAUCAUGUAUAGUGCAUGUCAUCUCAUUCUAUGCGAAGCAAUUUAUAUCAAGUCUAAUAAUAUCAUGUUAUGCAUGAUAUUGUAUUUACAUCUCAUAUGUAAUGUCACAACAAAACUUGGAUUUAAAGAUAAGACGUUAGUAUAACAUACGUUCACGCGGCACAUUUAUUCAUUGUCUCUUUUAUAUUUUGCAUAUAUCUAUUAUUUAUACAAAUAAACUAGGUUGUUUCUAAUCUUUCGUUUGCCUUAUUUAACUAUAAAUAAAAACGAAUGAUUUUCUUUUUUUAUCUGAUAAAAUGAAAUGGAAUGAAAUUUAGUAUUCUACAAUUAAAGACAGACUACAAAUAAAUUUCUUUGUUUUAUCAAUUUUUACACAUAAAAUCUUAAAAUCCUAUGAUUCAUCAACUAGGCAUAGGGUAACCUGAGUAUAAUCAUUCGCGCGUACCGUUGUAAUCGUCGGAAAGAAAACUGCUUGACGUGGGAAAACACGUCUCGAGACAACGAAACGAGAAGACGAAACGAGACUUUUACGAAGGGAGAUCGUGGAUCUCGCUCCCACGCGCUCACGGGGUGUACAAAUAGUUUUUACAGCGGAUCGCCUCCUAUCCCGAAGUUCCAGAUGCUGCGAGAUUUUUUGUCUCGGGGCACACAAGUGUGCCCCAUCGUCAGCAAGUUGUGUAGCUCAUUCGCGGCUGUUUCUUGCGUUUCAUCUCGUUCAACCUCGUCUUUCCGACCGACCAAUCGCAAACAGUCAUCUAUGGUAGUUUAAAGGCGAAACUAAAGGCCACCAGGAAGAAAACGAUGCGAGUGAUUUUUUUUAAGACCAAGAUACUUUUGAGCACUGGAUUUUGUGUCAAUUAAAGAUUGAUGAGAAAUCUCGUUUCUUCUUUGUUAGUUAUUUGUUAUACAUUAUUAAUUGUUCUUAUUAUUGGCUUCUCCUCUAUCAGUUACUUUGUAAAGUCUAUUCAUGGAAAGACGAAUAAUCUUUUUCAUCAUCUACCUAAUGGAAAA